CAUCGGUUACACACAAUUCACUGUCAAAACGUAGUUGUGAGCGAGCCGACUAAUUUCAACCCAAGGACUGAAGAAAACAAAUAAACAAAUAUGCUCCGGGUUGUAUAUAGUAUAUUUAGGUAAAUCUCACGGGACAGUUGACUGAUACAAAAUGCAUAAUGACUCUGUAGGAAUAAGUCCUCAUUAAGUAUUUAAUCUGCUGAAUGACUUUUACCAAAAGAAGGUGAAUGAAUCCUGUAUUGAGAAGAUAAAAGAUGUGGGAAACAAUAGAAGGCAAUGAAACAAAUGCUGUAACACUAGGAAAGCAAGCAGAAGGAUCUGAGAACUGGGAAUCAGUUGAAAAUACCAAAGAUAUCAAAGAGGAAACAGAUAUUUUAAAACAGUUAUGGGCAUGUGCAGAUAUUGCAGAGGGUGAAAAACUAGCAGACGUUAGUGGGGGCACCAAGCAAGAAGUGCUUCCUGAACAAGAAUGGCAGAGCACAUCUCACAAUAAUAUGGAAAUUACAAUAGAAGCAGUUCAAAAGGAGAUGCAGCUAAAAGCUUCUGCAUCUGGUGGUGAUGUUGUCGGAUCAAAAAAUACUGCUAAAAAAACUGAAAUUCACCAGUGUUCUGAAUGUGGGAAGAAGUUUGAUAACAAAUUCCAGUUAGAGUCGCACAUAUUUAGUCAUACUGGAGAGCCACCGUUCGAAUGUGUAGACUGUGGGAAGAUUUUCCAGCAGCAGUAUGCAUUAAAGAAUCAUCUACUGAUACACAAAAAGACCUUUGCUUGUACAGUUUGUGGGAAAAGACUAUUAAAUUACCAGAACCUUGCCAGACAUAUCCAGACCCAUAGUGAAGAGAAACCACAUAAAUGUUCUGUGUGUGGAAGGGGUUUCGUGAGAAAUCUUAUGUUAAGAAACAUAUGUGUACUCAUGCUGGAUUGAGUCCUUUUCUUUGCCCUGAGUGUGGCAAGACCUUUGGGGAAAAGAGAUAUUUAGAGAUACAUAAGCGUAGUCAUACUGGUGAAAAACCUUUUGUGUGCCCACAGUGUGGAAAAGGUUUUGGUGACA